UCCUGAGUUUCCCAAAGUUCGGAAAUAACAUUUGUCUAUCUUUUACAAUAUUUAUUUGAAAAUUGUGUUAAUUUUUGAAUAAAUUAUUGUGUAAUUAAUAUUUAUACAAUAAAAAAUACAUUUCACAUCAUCGAAACAGUUAAUGAUAAAAUGGCAACAAACAUUGUGUAUCUGCUAUGCGCGAGUAUGCGCGAAGAAAAUUAAGAAAAAAUAAAAAAAAGAAAAGAAAUGGCAGUUACUAGAGAGAAAGAAAAUUGUACAAGAAAAAUUAAUGGAAAUAUACCCGCGUUAUCGCUUAAUAGUGCUAAUAUGUCGACGUCUACCGACAGUGACGACGUAGCAGAUCCGACAUAUGAAAUAAGAAACAUUCAGAGUAUAAUAAAUGUGACUCGGGAAAACAUUGACGCUUUGAACGCGAAAUUCGCUGGUUUGCAGCACCCUCCUUCUUUAUACUUGUCGGAAUAUCAGGAGCUGACUGCCAAGUUGCAUAACUUGGAGCUUAGGGAGCAAACUCUACGUGAAUUAUUACAGUGUGACUCGCCGGACCGAAGCGAGGAGUACCCUUGGCAAGAUGACUCUAAAAAGUACGAUACCCUCACCCGGCAGCCUAAAGUGUUCUUACGGGCUCAUUUACCGAACCAGCAGCGUACCAGCGUGCAGGUGAAGGAUGGGGUGACACUCCGGGAGGCGCUCAUGAAGGCGUUAAAACUAAGGAACUUGACUUGUGAAAUGUGUGAAGUGGUUCGGACAGGCAAUAAUGAAGUGAUACCUUGGGAUAUCGACAUAACUAUGAUAGAUGCUGAGGAGGUGACAGUGCGUAUACUAGACAAGCUGCCAAUAAUGUCGCACAUGUCUCACCAGUUCACCAGAAAGACUUUCUUCACAUUAGCGUUCUGCGAGUGCUGUAGGCGGCUUCUGUUCAACGGCUUCUACUGCUCACAGUGCAACUUCAAGUUCCAUCAGCGUUGCGCUGACAAAGUGCCCAGUAUUUGCCAUCAGGUUAGAAUGACAGACGCGUAUUACGCCGCGUUGCUGGCGAAAAAUCCAGAGACACAUCCCGGAUUCAUAUAUCUACCACAGAGUUUUGGAUACCAUCAGAACAAGCAACAACACCCUCGGUCGCUGAACCAACAAGACAGAUCGAACUCCGCGCCCAACGUCUGCAUCAACAUGGUCCAACGGCCGAUGACGCUAGCUGAGCACCAGCGGAAGCAAAACCAGAGCAACAACUCCCCACAGUCGUCAAAUUAUCUGACAUCGGGGCGAAACAACAACGAUGACAAGGAUAAGGGCGAACAACAGAGCCAGAGCACUCAGGCGUCCCCCACGGGCACUCUGCGACCGCGGAGGGCGCGCGCGCGUUCAGCAGACGAGUCGUGGAAGCACGCGCUGUCGCCGCGCGAGAGCUACGACGACUGGGUCAUACACGCGGACGAGAUCCUCAUCGGCGCCAGGAUAGGUUCGGGAAGCUUCGGAACAGUAUACAAGGCGCACUGGCACGGGCCGGUGGCGGUGAAGACACUCAACGUGAAAACACCCACGCCGGCGCAGUUGCAGGCGUUCAAAAACGAGGUGGCGGUUCUGCGCAAGACGCGGCACUGCAACAUCUUGCUGUUCAUGGGCUGCGUGUCGAAGCCGUCGCUGGCCAUCGUGACCCAGUGGUGCGAGGGCUCGUCGCUGUACCAGCACCUGCACGUACUCGAGACCCCGCUGCCAAUGUUGCACCUCAUCGACGUGGCGCGCCAGACCGCACAGGGCAUGGACUACCUGCACGCCAAGAACAUCAUCCACAGGGACCUGAAAUCAAACAAUAUAUUUUUAAGAGAUGACUGGUCAGUAAAAAUAGGAGACUUCGGACUUGCUACCGCCAAAGUGCGGUGGUCAGACUCGUCGACGCUGGGCGGCAUCCAGUGGCAACAGCCUACGGGCUCCAUCCUGUGGAUGGCGCCCGAGGUCAUCCGCAUGGACGAGCCGGUGCCAUACACGUUCCGCUCCGACGUGUACGCGUACGGCGUCGUGCUCUUCGAGCUGAUGGCGGGCGAGCUGCCGUACAACCACCUCAACAACAAGGACCAGAUCCUAUGGAUGGUAGGGCGGGGUCUAUUAAGGCCGGACGUCCGACGUCUAAGACAAGACGCGCCGCAAGCGCUGAAAAGGCUAUUCGAAGACUGUAUAAAAUUCGACCGCGAACAGAGGCCUCUGUUCAGACAGAUCCUAGCCUCCCUCGAGUCUAUGCUUCGGGCGAUGCCGAAGAUCACCCGAAGCGCUUCGGAGCCGAAUUUGAACAGACAGCUGCACGCUUCGGACGACUACUUGAGCUAUAGCUGCGCUUCGCCGAAGACGCCGGUCAAUUUCCAGUUCAAUACUGACACGAGUUUUCCCGCCUUUUAUGGUAUCCCAGUGCCUAGCCAACGACACACGUAGGGGAAACCCCGGGCCUCACAGACAACGAGUCCUGCGGUAUCCACCAGCCUUAGCACUCUGCGAUCUCAACAAAACUUAAUUAUUUGUUUAUUAUCGACCGCAUACAAAUUGAAAAGAACUAUUAUACUUGAAGAGUCAUACGUUCGUCCGGUUCAGAUAAGUCCAGUCGCUAGUCCCAGUCAGUUAAAAAAAAGAUUAAAUGGGUGACAUCUGUUUUAUUCGAAUUUUAAUGCAGUUACUAGCAUGCUACUGGAAUCAUGUGAACUGGCCAUUACGACGCUUAACUUAAAGUUGAUAAGAAAUACGUUCGAGGAGCGGGAGUCGAAUGAGGUGGGGAAUAGGGUAUGUGACUGUUUUUUUGUUCAUUGUCUCAAAUGAACCGUAAUGCUAUUUUUUAAUUUUGGAUUUUGAAAUUAAAAAAAUAAAUUCAAAUAAAUAAAAAUGGUGCUAAAAUCGUCGGUUUGGGGUCACGUGACUGCAAUGGCGUCACAAGUCUACAAAAAUGUAAAAACGGAAGUAAAUUGCAGUGUCACUGGUUAAAUUCUAUUUUUGAAGUACGUUGUGAGAAUCCGGGAUCACGUUGUCACGCACGAUUAUGCUCUUUAAGUCUUUAUUAAUAAAGUACUUUCUAACAACAGCGAUACCACAUUAUUUACAGUCUGAAGACGUCACAAGACAGCAAACAGAGAGUCAACCAAUCGUGUAAUCCAAAAAUUCAUUAUAUUUUUUAGGUUUAUGAAUUGACAUAAUACAGAAAAUCUUUAAGGAUAACACCAGCACACGUGAUAUUUUAAAUACAGUCUAAUAGCCUAUUCCCGCGCACUAACGAAACGCGACGCGUGUUGAGUCAAAUUUACACUCUUACUUUUAAUACCACGAGAAAUAACUCAUUUUCUCUUGUAUUUCUAUUAAAAAAAUGAUUAGAAAUAAUUAAAUCGUGGCACGCAUGUUCUUACAGGGGCCUUUUUACAUUGACUUUAAGUAAAAAAGUGUUUUGUAAGCAAGGGUUGAGUUUGUCGACGAUAACUCCUCGUUAUGCAUUAUAUUUAUUUGAACGUUGUAAAUAAUCUUUAGUAAAUUUAAUUUAAUUAAACUAUGUUUUUAUUCUUAUUAAUUACAGUUAACUUAUGAAAUUACAUCUUAUUGCUUGGUGUUAGAUUUUCAACCUUUGUCUAUUCGAUUCGAUCGCAUAAAAGUUAUAUACGAUUUGUAUAGAAUGGGAAGAGCGCCAUGUAGUUACAAUACUGGAAAACAGUAUUUGUAAAACUAUUAACACCACUGGGAAAUAGUUAUAAAAAUUACACUGUGUUGUACCAACAGAUUUUUGUUAUUAUUGGGGAAGAAUUGUAAUCAAAUUUAAGCUUUAAAACGAUACAAUUAAGUUCCCUUUUAUACCGAUGUUCAAGUAUUUCCACACUCGAAAACGACGCCUCGAUUUCGAGCUGGAAAAUCUUGUACUAAGGCUACUGGUCUGGCGAGAGGCUUCGGCCGUUGCUAUUUAUAACCUUACCGACGAAGACUAAGUGGGAACUCUUAGCGAUUAAGCGUUCCAGUACGAUGACGCGUAGAAACUAUAGGGGUUAUAAAACUGUCAUACCUCCAACAGGUUGGCCGGCUACCAUCUUAAACUCCAUCAGGAUUGCAGACAAAGGCUAACUUGUCGUAAAAUAAAAUAAAAAAAACAAUACUGGGAAACAGUAUUGUCAUUAUACGGCGCUCUUUACAUUGGAUACAAUCGUAGUUAAAUUUCACGCGAUCGAAUAGGUAUCCAGAAAGUCUCAUACUAGGCAUACUCCGUCUUAACACACAUUAUGAAGAUAGUUUAUAUUCUAACAAGGUUAUUUCUUGUCAACUGAGACUGUAUUUGUCUUGUGUUUGUGUAACUGGUGUAAACCGAAUACUGUGAAAACUAUGUGAUAAAAUUAUUGGUACAUUAGUUUUUUAAUAUUUCGAGGCGUAUUUUUUGACUAAACACUAUCGAAACUAGCCAAUUCGCGGGAAAAAAAGUUAGUUUUAGUCAUGAUCAUCUAGGAGGGGAAAAAAGCCUUAUAAAUUGUAUCUGUGCCUGCAGAACGAAAGUGACUUUCUAAUAGCAUUAAAUUUAAUUGCUAUUACA